AGAGAGAGAGAGAGAGAGAGAGAGAGAGAGCGCAUGUAAAUUUGUGACUUUCACUGGAAUAAAUAUCAACAAAUGAACUAGAAGAAAGAUCCAGUGUGGGUGAACCUCAGCUGGGAUGGAGUUCUCCAACUUCUCCUCUGAGAUUGGCGAUCAUUAGUAGAAAUCAAUAAGCAUGCCGGACCAUCUGUCAGUGUCUGAGUUCAUGGACAUUACCAAUGAGGAUUAUAAAGCGCCUACAACAUCGAUCUUCACCACCCGGAUGGGACACUGCCGGAACACCGUGGCAGGACUCGAAGAGGCUCUUGAUGCAGACCGGACAAUUCUGAUCAAAAUGAAGAAGUCUGUCAAGGCCAUAAACAGCUCUGGCCUAAACCAUGUGGAGAAUGAAGAGCAAUACAUUCAGACUCUGGAGAGGCUUGGAGAAGGGAGUGUGUAUAAAGACAAUCCAGAUGUGGCUGUAGCAUUCCUUAAGUUUGCUGUCUUCACCAAAGAACUCACAGGACUCUUCAAGAACUUACUACAGAAUAUGAACAACAUCAUCACCUUUCCCUUAGACAGUCUACUGAAAGGAGACAUGAAAGGAGUGAAAGGGGAUUUAAAGAAGCCUUUCGAUAAAGCCUGUAAGGACUAUGAUAACAAAGUUAAUAAGCUUGAGAAAGAGAAGCGGGAGCAUGCCAAGCUGCAUGGGAUGAUCAGGACAGAGUUCUCUGGGGGAGAGAUUGCUGAGGAGAUGGAAAAGGAGAGACGAGGAUUUCAGCUCCAGAUGUGCGAGUAUCUCAUCAAAGUGAAUGAAAUCAAAACCAGGAAGGGGGUCGACUUGGUGCAGAACCUCAUCAAGUAUUUUCAUGCCCAGUGCAAUUUUUUUCAGGACGGGUUAAAGGUUGUGGAGAAUCUUAAACCAGCCAUGGAAAAACUGUCCACAGACUUAGCAGGAAUUAAGCAAUCACAAGAGGGGGAAAAGAAGCAGCUGAUUCAGCUUCGAGAUAAUCUAAAGUCAUCUUUACAAACAGAACAAAAAGAGGACUCUCAGUCCAAACAAAACAUAGGCUACAGUCUCCACCAGCUGCAGGGCAACAAGGCUUAUGGCACAGAGCGUAACGGGAUGCUCUCCAAGCGCAGUGAAGGGUUGAGGAAGGUGUGGCAGAAACGGAAGUGCUCAGUGAAGGGUGGAUAUUUGACGAUUUCUCAUGGAACACCAAACACACCACCAGCCAAACUCAACCUGUUAACCUGCCAAGUGAAAUGCAACCCUGAGGAAAAGAAAAGCUUCGAUCUCAUCUCCCACGACCGUACAUACCAUUUUCAGGCAGAAGAUGAAGCAGAAUGUCAGAUAUGGGUGUCUGUGCUGCAGAACAGUAAGGAAGAGGCCCUGAACAAUGCCUUCAAAGGAGAUCAGGAUGAGGGCGAGAACAACAUUGUGCAGGAGCUUAGCAAAGCCAUUGUGAAUGAAGUAAAAAGGAUGAGUGGCAAUGAUGUGUGCUGUGACUGUGGAGCUCUUAAUCCAACAUGGCUCUCAACUAACCUGGGGAUUCUCAUCUGCAUUGAAUGCUCUGGGAUCCAUCGGGAAAUGGGGGUGCAUUACUCCAGAAUACAGUCUCUGACUUUAGAUGUGCUGGGAACAUCAGAACUCUUACUGGCGAGGAAUCUGGGAAAUGCAGGCUUCAAUGAUAUUAUGGAGGCAAACUUGUCAGGAGAUGAAAUACCCAAACCCAACCCCUCUAGUGACAUGCAGAGCCGCAAAGAUUUCAUCACGGCUAAGUACACAGAGAAACGCUUUGCUCAGCACCGACGUACUGAUGCGACUGCCAAACUGCGUAGCCUGUACGAUGCAGUAAAGAGCCGUGAUAUCUUCUCCCUGCUGCAGGUGUAUGCUGAUGGAGUGGACCUGACAGAUACCUUCUCUUUAGCCAGUGAACAUGAGCAGGGUGAGACCGCGCUACAUCUGGCCGUACGAAUAGUAGACAGAAACUCCCUCCAUAUUGUAGACUUCCUUGUACAGAACAGUGGGAAUCUGGACAAACAGACUGUAAAAGGAAAUACAGCACUUCACUACUGCUGCCUCACAGACAAUAGCGAGUGUCUGAAACUUUUACUGCGGAGCAAAGCCACUGUUAGCAUGACCAAUGAAGCUGGAGAAACUCCACUGGAUAUUGCCAAGAGGCUAAAGCACACGCAGUGUGAAGAGCUGCUGAACCAGGCACAGACUGGCAAGUUUAACGUUCAUGUGCAUGUAGAGUACGAAUGGUGUCUGCACAAUGAAGACCUGGAUGAGAGCGAUGAUGAAAUGGAAGACAAGCCGAUCCCUCAGAAGCGAGAGGAGCGGCCUGUAAGCUGCUUUGUCCCAGGCAACACCUCCAUUCAACCCAACAUGUCUGCCCUUGCACGGGAUGUGGUCAACGCAGUUCGGGAAAAGCAGAGAGCCUUCAUCCCCAGCAUGAUGUGUAACGAGACCUACGGCACCAUGAUGGAUCUUAGUCCUCCUCCCUCUAACAUACUCACUGUCCCCAUACCACAGCUUCCCCCACGCAACACAACAGUGGGCGUUGGCAGCUGGAAGCCUAUAGAGACAUUAGGAAGACAACGAUCCUCUUCAGAUCCGCCCAAUCCGACUAGUCCAGAGAGCAACGUCUAUGUUCUUCCUCCUGCUCCUCCUCCUCCUCCUCCUCCUCCUCCAAUCAAGAAACCAUUCGUCCAGGAACCUAAGCUCCAAACAAAGAAUGUCCUUCUGCCGCCUGUUCCACCAAUUUUUCAAAAGCUUCCUGUGCCCCCAGUUCCUAUUAUUCCCACUGCCCCACCACUUAUUUCAGUGCCACCUCCUCCACCAAUGCCCCCACCCUCAUUCAAACCCACACCACCAAUUAUACCUCUACAGCCCAGAGCCCCCACACUCAAACCCAUCCCAGGAAGCGAGAAAAACUUUCCCAAACCGCAGCCAAGCAGGCCGAGGCCCAAGGAAACAGUUGAAAAAGAUUCUUUACCAUUAGCACUGAGUUCUGCACCAACAUCACCUCCUGCUCCACCCCCUGUCCCCAAACCUAGACUUCCUCCAACAAAAACUAAACCUAAGCGGGUGAAAGCUAUCUACAAAUGUAUAGCUGAUAACUCAGAUGAGCUGACUUUCAUUGAGGGAGAGGUGAUCAUAGUUGAUGGAGAGGAAGACAAGGAGUGGUGGGUUGGACACAUUGAGGGAGAUCCUACCAGAAGAGGAGUUUUUCCCGUUUCGUUUGUGCAUGUGUUUACUGAUUAACUCAAAUCUGAGCUGGACACUGAAACUGAAAGUGCUGCUGCAGAAUAUGGGAGUGUAUCUACUGCCACAUGUUGAGAUUUAAUAGAAAAAAACAAGGGAAUUAAUCACAUAAGCUUCCUCAUAUUGUCUGCAAUCUCGUUUCAAUUAUUUUUAAUCCAUUGAGCAUGGAUUAAUUUUAAUGCAAAAACACUGGAAUAAAACCACACUUUUUUGCUGGAGUAUUUUGCAUGUUUUGGAGUUUGGUUGCAGAGCAAUCGCUCAUCUCAUGUAACUUUUCGUUUUUCUUUAAGCUCUUUUACAGUAGUCAUUAAAAAAAUGGUUAUUUUCA